AUGAGAAACAAGUCCUUCAAAGCUGCACGGUUUGACAAGAAGUACAAUGAGCCCGGCCUACGACACCACUCAAACUUCAUGGAUCUGACCCAUGCCUCGGGUUUCCUGCUCGCCUGCUACUUCAUCCUCCGUGGCCGCCCUGAAAACUUCUUUGUAAUGUUCGCGGUGACGUGCUCUUCGUUCUGCAAGAUUAACAGUGGUACUUCCAAGAGAAGCAAGUGUAAUAGCGUUGGCUUCGAUGCUCACCCGUCCGUCCAAAACAGCAACAUGUUGCUCGAGAGGUCUGUCCUCUUGAUCUACUUGGUCACUGGGCUUGGAGGCACCUGGUUCGUGGAGCAGCCAAAUCAGUCGGUUCUCGAAUAUUACCCCAGUUUCCGGAAGAUGAUUAUGGAUCUCUACAAUAUUCGGGGACGAGAUGCUGUAUACGACACGAAAUGGUGGAUGUGCCACUACGGAUCGGCGACUCCCAAGAGACACUACGCUUAUGCGAAUACUGAGAAAAUACACCUGCUGAACCAAGGGAAGCUCUACAUGAAAGUGUGGUCCAGGAGGAUGUCUGUAGCUUCCAAGCAAUGGAGCACCACGACUCUAGAUGCAGGGAUAGCUUCUGUUAAUACGGAAGCAGAGCUGGGAGUGUUGGAUGAGGAGGAGGCACGCCUCCAACGAGAGCUCGAGGAGCUGGAGGCUGCUCAGUCGAACCCCGACAAUGCCGCUGCCACUUGGUGUGCUUCAGAUGCGGAUGCGGCGCUUUCGGAAGCUCCCACCAUCCCUGCAUCGACACAGGAACUUCAGCAUGCUGGAUUGUUUACAGCUCCAACCGCCGGUCCUGACAAUGCCAUCGAUGUUGAUGAUAAAGCCCGGCCCCGUGGCGAUGGUAGCGCAGCCCCACCCUCCGAUGCACCCGCCGUUGAUUCCAAGGCCCCUGGAACCUCUAGGAGAUAUUGGGAGGAGGGGAACAAACAGGAGAUGACUCUCUUGCUUCGUGAUUGCAACUUUUGCAAGGACGUGUUUCUGCAGAGGCUUGAGAAAAUCAUCACGAAGAAGGAGAAGUAUACCAUGAAGGUUGCCGAGGGCUGGUAUUCAGUCUCGAAUCGAUGGCGCGGUUCGCCGGUGCAAAUCCUUAGGCGAAAUUUGUAUGACGAUGCGGACGAGUACUGGGUCACUACCCGGGAAACGGGGUCUAGGAAGGAGACCCUGGCCGUUGAGGCCUCUGCCCCUGUGGAGAUCCCGGAGGGCUCCUUCAAAGGAGUGAGUGCCUACCACAAGAGCAAGGCCUCUGAAGCCUCCCUGGUAAAUGCCUCUUCCGGAUCGCAGACCAACAAGACCUGCACUAUCCUGCGGAAGUUCUCUGACGACCUGAUGGCGAAGCUGGGUAAAAUCCGAGGGCUCGUCAAAGAUCUAGGCAAGAACUACGAUGGAGAUGACGUUGCGCACAUCGAAGUCCUGCAAAGCUGGGUGGUGAAGAUGGAGGAACAGCACGAAUCGUGCCAGUUGGUUUUGAGCGAGGGUGAGGUGAAUGCCAAGAAGUACCUGGACAAGAAGGACACGGAAACCACAAAGCGAGCCCCACCGAAGAACAACAAUGCUCGGCCGAAGAAAGCUUCAUGCUCCUCGGCUGUUCGUGCUGCACGACGAGUGAUUGCCGACAUCGGCGAGAGGGCUGCUGCUUCUAGUGGGGGACUGCUAGAGUUGUCCAAGUGCCGAGAACAUGAUGCCGAGAACGAUACCCACCGGCUCUUUGUCGAAAGGCUUCAUUUAAGCUUGGAGAAGUGGGUACCUCUUUCUUCCCUGAAACACAAUGGCCAGCGCUUGACUGUCUUGAGAUUACGCGAUUGGCUUCAAUUCUUAGUCGACAAGAGCUGUUGGCACAUCCUCACAGGCCUGGUUCGUAGGGACCCAGGCCGCGAGCGGGCGAUUCUCAAAACAUUUUGGGAAAAGUAUCGGUGCACCCACGAGGACCAUCCGAUCUUCAGCAUGGCAAGAGAGGGCCUGGUUUCUCUGGAGCGCACAGCUCCUCUUCUUUAUCACGGCGACGAGGGAAGGGGGCGACGACGAACCCCGUUUCUAGUUUCAAGCUGGUCUUCGUUUCUUGGCCGUGGAUCUGCCCCUGCAGAUAAGUAUCGAAAGGAGCAUGGAGUCCGGAAUGAGUACAUCAAACAUCGUACAAAUUUUCGAGGACACUCGUUCACGAAUCGGUUCUUUCAGGCUGGAUGGCCCAAGAAAGUGAUCGAGGAGGAGGGGGCCUUGGGCUUGCUGGUCCAGCAAUGCAAAGAUGAAAACGAUUUCGUUUUGCAUGAAGGUGUUUUUGAUCGACGCAGCGGCGAGAAGUUUCACGCUUGCAUCCUGGCUGUGACUGGCGACUGGCAGUGGCUGGUUAAAUCUGGGAAACUGGGAAGAAACUACAACCACGUUGUCAAGAGUACAAAAGAGGCCGCAAAUCCCGAGGGAAUCUGCCACUUGUGUCAGGCGGGCCAAAGGGGGCACAGCUUCGAACAGUUGGAUACGAGAACCCCUUCAUGGCUAUCAACGUUUUUGCGGCAAGAUCCCUUUCUGCAUCCCAGAAGCCCGCUGGCAGACCUUCCUCACGAGCCAGGCAAGGCUGCCACGAUCUUUAAGUUCGACGUAUGGCACACGUGCCAUCUCGGAGUUUGCAAAGCUCUGGCUGGUUCUGGUUUGGCUUUGCUUAGUGAAACCUUCCCUGGCCGAAGCAAAGAUGCACGCUUUGAAGCGCUUUCGAAUGACUACUUGCACUGGUGCGCCCAGAAUCAACGCCAGGCUCUUUUGACGAAAAUUACGAAAGAAACGGUUGGUUGGGACAAGAACUCCAGCUACCCGAAGGCGAGUUGGUACAAGGGCUCGCUCUCCACCACGAUGUGUGAGUACAUCGAGGCAGUGACAAAAGAUGCAGAGUUUGAGGACGAGCUUUUGACAAAGUGUGGUGAGGCCGUGCAGGCUUUGAAUCAAUUUAUUUCUGGGCUUUAUCAAGGCGAGGCAUUUCUAGACUCCGCCACCGCGCGGACUUUGGGGGAGUACGGGCUACGCUUCCUUCGACGCUACACCUGGUGCGUCACACGGGCUCACGAACAGAAAAGAUGUCUGUUUUUACUACUUCCUAAAUUUCAUUGCCUCCAUCAUAUCACCCUUCAGGAUCUCGUUUUGCCCUCCCAGACGAGCGAUUGGGUCGUGAACCCAAUCGUACACUCUGUACAGUUGGCCGAAGACUAUAUUGGCCGGAACUCAAGGACAAGUCGGCACACCCACCCGUCGACAACUACGCAGCGAGUUGCCGAAAGACAUUUGCAAGCAGCAUUCACGAAAUACGUGGAAGCGCAGUACCUAGUUGCCGAAGGCGACAGCUAG